UCAACACCAAGAUGGGGGGAGCUCAGGAGCUAUGGAUAUGCAAUGAUAUGCAUGCAUUGGCUCAAGCCAGUUUUAGAGGCUAAUUUUUGAGCAAAUCCGACCCACUUUAAGACUUUUGAACUUUUAGUGGCCAUGGUGCGUGGAGCAAGGAAAGCUAUUGCUGUCGGAGUUGCGGUGGCUGUUGCAUGCGGUCUGCAGAAGCACUUGAAUUUUGUGCCUGGGCCUCGGCAUAAUGCUCCAGUGGCCGCAGCAGCAGCAGCCAGCAUGAUGAUGGCUCCUGCGGCUUUUGCUGAUGAGAUCGGCGAUGCUGCAAAGAAGCUUGGGGAUGCUUCCUACUCCUUUGCCAAGGAAGUGGACUGGAACAAUGGCAUUUUCCUGCAGGCCCCCGGCGCGUUUCAGCCCUUGAAAGCCUUGACUGCCAUUGACAAGAUGAUCGAAAUGGGGGCAGCUGCAGAUCCCAAGCUUCUGAAAGAGGCAGCAGAAGCACAUCACAAGGCCAUCGGAAGCAUCAGUGGGCCAAAUGGUGUUACUUCGCGUGCUGACUGGGAUGCCGUGAACGCAGCCAUUGGCCGUGUAGUCGCUUCGGUCCCCAAAGCAAAGGUCAUGGCCGUUUACGAUUCAGUGAAAGACAUCACAGAUCCUGGAGUGCCAGCUUACAUGAAAUCCUUGGUGAACGGUCCCGAUGCCGAAAAGGCCUACGAAGGAUUCCUGCAAUUCAAGGAUGUUGUUGAGAAGAACCAGGUGAUCACAGCCAGUGCUCCAGCAGUUGUGCCUUCUGGAGACAAAAUUGGUGAAGCUGCAAAAGCCUUGUCCGAUGCUUCCUAUCCUUUCAUCAAAGACAUCGAUUGGCUGUCGGACAUUUACCUGAAGCCGCUGCCUGGCAAGACUGCCCCAGAGACGCUGCAAGCCAUUGACAAGAUGAUCGUGAUGGGCGCCAAAAUGGAUGGCAACCUCUUGAAGGCAGCCGCAGAGGCACACCACAAGGCCAUUGGCAGCAUUGAUGCCAGCGGCGUGACUUCCGCAGCUGACUACGAAGCUGUGAAUGCAGCCAUUGGGCGCUUGGUGGCAUCUGUGCCCAAGUCGACCGUGAUGGAUGUGUACAAUUCCAUGGCCGGCGUCGUUGAUUCCAGCGUCACCAACAACAUGUUCUCGAAGGUGAAUCCAUUGGAUGCAGUGGCUGCGGCCAAGGGUUUCUACACCUUCAAAGAUGUGGUGGAAGCUUCCCAGCGCUGAACACUUCGAAAGUGCUUCAACAUGCCUCGGAACACUUUUUAAAUCUUGUAUAGUUAUGGAGUUACGGACAUCUGUAACAGUUUCUUAUGUUUCUUGACCAGGUGAGAAUCUCUCUGGAGCCAAUGAAGAAAAUGGGG